GAAGAGGAAGAAGAGAAGAAAUAUGCAUAAAUUACAAGAAAAAUUGUUGGAAAUUUAAAAGAAAAUUGAGUUUUAAAAUAAAAAAAAUAUAUAUAUAUAUACUAUAUAUAUAAAACCCAAGUGAAGGAUUAUCUAUGCAUUUCUUUUCUUUCAAAAUUAUAAAGAUUGGAAAAGGACACGAAUUUUUAAUCGUGGAAGAAGUAACGAGUACAUUUUUGAAUGGCCAAAGGAAAUCACAGUAUUCAGGAUAGCAAUACGGCAAAAGUCGUGCUUUUCACAAGAAACGUAUCAUUAUCCUGAACAAAUGUCAAGAAUUCUUUCUCAUUUUCUGUUCCUCAUCACGACAUGUACUGCCUUGCACUACACGGCUCCGGAGGACUGUCAAUGGAGUCCUGCUGGUCAGGAUGUGUCCUUAAUAUGUCGCGUAGAUGCCAUCAGCUCCAAUGGUCGAAGCACCAACUUCACUCUUAUACAAUCAGAUCACACCACUUCACUACGGAUACUGUGCGAUGAUGUUUUGUUCGAAAGUCAUCUUCAGAACGGAUCUUUAUCUCAUCUUAAACAUCUUAAAAAUCUUCAUAUAGAAUAUUGCAAGUUAUCAGUGCUUCCAAAUGGAGUUUUCCACGGUUUAAACGACCUACGCCAUCUUACAAUCCGCACCCAUAAUAAAGAAUGGGGUUCGAUUUCACUUCGUCUUGCACAACGCGUGUUGCAUCAAUUGAAACACUUAGAAUACGUUGAUUUAAGCUUCAAUAACAUUAUGGAUCUUCCAAGUCACGUCUUUUGUGAGCUACAUUCCCUUAAAAUGCUUAACAUGAGCCAAAAUUCAUUAAUGGACCCUAACAGAUUGGAUUUCGUCAUAAAUCCUGAUAAUCAAUGCCUUCCUGAAUUACUCCAAUUAGAUUUAUCGGGUAACAAUUUUAAAAGCCUGAAUGGGGGAAGCUUUUCUUCUUUGAAAAAUCUACAACAGUUGGAUUUGAGGAAUAAUAUGAUAACUGAUCUAACCAAUUCGGCCUUAGAAGGUUUAGGAAAGCUGCAACUGUUGUAUCUUUCUAAUAAUUACAUUAAAAUUAUACCUACGCAGAUAUUCAAGCAUACACCCGAUCUUAGGGAGAUACAUUUGCAGAAUAACUCGAUCUCAACGCUUAGUGUUGGUCUGUUCAGUGGUCUUCAGCAACUCUUAGUUUUGAACCUCAGCAGGAAUGAUAUAACCAGCUUGGGAAUCACGUCUGAAGUGCUCUCAGAUUUAAUACGCUUAGUAGUCCUUGACCUCAGCCAUAAUCAUCUCAAACACGUUGACUUCACCACUAAGAAUUAA